AUGUUCACCUCAACACCUCCCUCAUCUUCAUUUCGACCUUUGUUUGGUUCCAAUAACUCAUUCAACUCUCAUCCUUCUUGUGAAUCUCCAAAUUUAACACAGCAUCGAUCUUUCCUGUCUACGAUGGCACAUCCUUUCUCAUCUUCAGCGUCUACUUCAAGAUGUUCUACACCUUCUACAUCCAUGCCUGUCACUCCAACAAUGUCAGCAUCACCAACGAUGUCCUGUCAUUCUCGAGAAUCCACAGUCGACAGUAUGGAGGUAUCUACUCCCUCCUCAUCUCGAAGAAGAUACGGAGGAGGUUUCUGGAACUCGUUCAUGCAUCAUGGCAAGAAUGUACCGAGAGAAGUCGAGCCCUCGGAAGACGAAUUGAUGGAUAUCGAUGAUAACAUAGAUGAUACAUUCCUCGUCACACCACCGCCAUCUUUACCUUUGUGUUCUCUAUCAGCAUCUUAUCAAUGUUCCGAAACUGCCUCACUAAUUCCACCAUCAUUCUACCCUGGACAAUCAAUUCCUGUGGUAUUGACAUUUGAAUUGGAUCGAUUUUCAUCACUACCACAUCAUCUUAACCCCACACUUACGAUGUCUUUGAUCGGUACAUUGCAUCUUCCAGGAGCGGCACCUCGAACUAUCAUCUGUGUUUCCGUGUCCUUGUCGGAAGGAUUAGCAUUAUGGGCUCGAGACGCAGAGCAAACAUAUUCCAGGAAUCCACCUAAACAAAGUGACUGUUUAAUUGAUCCUUCGUUCGGAUUACCAGGUGGAACAUAUUCAUUACCGUUGACAGUGCAAGUACCAUCAACGCCAAGAUUACCACCAUCAUUCACAGUUCGAUCAUCAUCAUUCGCUGUCACUUACGCCCUUACAGUGACUUUAACUUGCGAUGAUCCAGCCUUGUUGAACACGGGAACCCGAGUUGUUCUAGCAGAUACAGCAAAACCAUUUGAAAUGAUGCCUGAAACUUUACCAACAAGAGCACCAAGAUAUGUACCUCAAUCAUUCUACGUCAAAACCGAUCUACCAAUUGAAUCGUCAAUUUAUCUAUCACCGAGUGAACCAUUACCAAUUCUACCCAAACAAAACACUAGGUGGACGAUCCAUCCUUAUAUCCCUACAACAGCUUAUUCACCUACAUCUAUCAUUCCUUUUACCAUCAGCCUUACACCACCUUCAAUGUCAGACUUGUUGUUGGAUAUCCCAAGUGAAUUCAAGGCUGUUCAGCCUACUUCUCAAGUUCUGGUUAGGCUGGCUUUGGUGAGAAGAGAACAUUCAUCCUUGUCGACACAUGAGUUACGUGAUGCGCAAGGAAAUGGCUUGGUUCUCGAAGAGGAAAUUGUUUCUAGAUGGGGCUGGGUCGAAUCAUCAUCUGACGACAAAAUCAAAUUGAGAGAUAUCACAUUACCUUUAAUGCCAAAUGGAGAGAGUACAUGGAAGCAUGGAAUGUCAACCAUGUUAAAUGUAGGACAAUCAACAAAUCAUACUUCUCAAUCCGAAGAAGGUAUAAGUGUUAGCUCGACAUUCCACUUGAAUAUUACUUUAGCCUUUUUGUCAAUCACUUCUGGAUCAACCGUUUUAUCAGAUUAUCUACCUUCAGCAUUUUCGAGUCAAUCAACAAUAUCUAUUCCACCACCAGGUGAAUUCAGUCAACCUUUAUCACCUGGUUCAGAAGGCUAUUUUAAUAUAUCAGAUUUCAAACGAUCUUUCCCUGGUACAAUCAAAACACUUCCUUUGCCUAUCGUCGUCGGAUCCGUAUCAGAACCAAGAGGUGCAAUGCACAAUAUACGUUGGAGCGAUCUACACUUGGAAACAAAUUCGAGAGGUAGAGAAACAGGUAGAAUGAUUCACGGUGAAUCAACUUCGAUGGAAAACGGUUGGAUGGUUCCUCCGCCUUGUUAUAAAGACGCAAUCCAAACUGCUCCUUAUGAAUUCAAACUGUAA